AUGCCUGGGCUACCAUCAUCCGUCGACCUCGACGAGUGCAUCUCGCGCCUGUACAAGAAGGAGCUCCUCGCCGAGUCCGUCAUCGAGGCCAUCUGCGCAAAGACAAAGGAGCUUCUGAUGCGCGAGAGCAAUGUCGUCCACGUCCGCGCCCCCAUCACCGUCGUCGGCGACAUCCACGGCCAGUUCUUUGAUCUGAUCGAGAUCUUUCGCAUCGGCGGGUACUGCCCCGACACAAACUACCUCUUCCUCGGAGACUAUGUCGACCGCGGCAUGUUCAGCGUGGAGACCAUCUCGCUGCUUGUGUGUUUAAAACUACGAUACCCCAAUCGCGUGCAUCUGAUCCGCGGGAACCACGAGUCGCGCGGCGUCACCCAGUCAUAUGGCUUCUACACCGAGUGCUCGCGCAAGUAUGGCAACGCCAACGUGUGGCACUACUUUACCGACAUGUUUGACUUUUUGACUUUGAGUGUCGUCAUCAACGACCAAAUAUUCUGCGUCCACGGCGGCCUCUCCCCCUCCAUCCAUUCUAUCGACCAAAUCAAAAUCAUAGAUCGCUUCCGCGAGAUCCCCCACGAAGGCCCCAUGGCCGACCUCGUCUGGUCCGACCCCGACCCCGAGCGCGACGAGUUCUCCCUCUCCCCGCGAGGUGCUGGCUACACGUUUGGAGCCCAGGUGGUUAAGAAGUUCCUGGCCGUCAACAACAUGUCGCACAUCCUCAGGGCCCACCAGCUCUGCCAAGAAGGCUUCCAAGUGCUCUACGACGACCGGCUCAGCACCGUCUGGAGCGCCCCCAACUACUGCUACCGCUGCGGCAACAUGGCCAGCGUUCUCGAGGUUAGCGAUACAGGGGAGCGUUUCUUUAACGUCUUUGCAGCCGCCCCCGAGAAUGACAUGCAUAAGGAGCUGCAGCCCGGGAACGAAAAGUCUGCCGACGGUAAUGCCUUGCCAGACUAUUUCCUCUGA